AUGAAGGUCUCUAACUUGAAAACCCUGCCCUUGUUGGUGAUACUUGUGCUUGUGAUUGCUAGUUUUGUGCAGGAAAGCACGGGUGAUCCAUGUGAGAGCACAUUUUUCUCGGCACUCUUCCAGCUCAUGCCUUGCCAGGAAGCCGUGUCUCCUUUCAGCCCAAUUCCUCCAACCGAGGCUUGCUGUGCCUCGGUCAAGGCUCUUGGGCAGCCUUGUCUUUGUAUGUUUGUAAAUGGGCCCCGGAUUUCUAUGGUUGAUCGAACCAUGGCUAUGCAGCUGCCCGAGAAGUGCAGUGCCAACUUUGGACCAUGUAAAGAUAUUAAUAAAAUCAGAUUCAAUCUGUUUGCAUAUGUUGGUUCUUGA